AUGGCACAGACAGAGAAGCCUCUCAACAAAUCUCUGCAGAGAGGAGAGGACCCACAGUUCGACCAGUUGAUCAGCAGUAUGAGUUCUCUAGCAGAGUACUGCCUGCCAUCUAUCCUGAGGACUCUGUUUGACUGGUACAAGAGGCAGAAUGGCCUGGAAGAUGAAUCUCAUGAAUAUCGACCCAGAGCCAACACCAAGUCAAAAAAUGAUGAGCAACAGAAGGACUACUUAUUGGAGCGGAGAGAUCUGGCAAUAGAUUUCAUCUUUUCUUUAGUGCUUAUAGAAGUUUUGAAGCAGAUCCCCCUCCAUCCUCUUUUGGAUGGACUCAUCCAAGAAGUUAUAAACCUGACCUUCAAGCACUUCAAAUACAAGGAAGGGUAUCUGGGACCUAACACAGGCAACAUGCACAUAGUGGCUGACCUCUAUGCAGAAGUUGUGGGAGUUGUAGCUCAGUCCAGGUUCCCAGCAGUGAGGAAGAAGUUCAUUUCCGAGCUGAAGGAGCUGAGGCAGAAGGAGCAGAGCCCCUACGUCAUCCAGUCCACCAUCAGCCUCAUCAUGGGACUCAAGUUCUUCCGCAUCAAAAUGUACCCGGUGGAAGACUUUGAAGCCUCCUUCCAGUUCAUGCAGGAGUGUGCACAGUAUUUCUUGGAAGUGAAGGAUAAAGACAUUAAACACUCAUUAGCUGGACUCUUUGUGGAGAUACUGGUACCUGUAGCUGCUACUGUGAAGAAUGAAGUGAACGUUCCCUGUCUACGAAAUUUCGUAGAGAGUUUGUACGAUACCACACUGGACCUAUCCUCUAGGAAGAAACACUCUCUGGCCCUGUAUCCUCUGGUGACCUGCCUGCUGUGCGUCAGUCAGAAGCAGUUCUUCCUCAGCCGCUGGCACAUUUUCCUCAACAACUGCCUCUCAAACCUCAAGAAUAAAGAUCCCAAGAUGGCACGUGUGGCUCUAGAAUCACUUUACCGCCUGCUAUGGGUCUACAUGAUCCGAAUAAAGUGCGAGAGCAACACUGGAACACAGAGUCGUCUGACAUCCAUCACCUCCACUUUGUUCCCCAAAGGGAGUCGUAGCGUUGUGCCCAGAGACAUGCCCCUUAAUAUUUUCGUCAAGAUCAUCCAGUUUAUUGCACAGGAGAGACUGGAUUUCGCCAUGAAGGAGAUCAUAUUUGACCUGCUGAGUGUUGGGAAACCUGCCAAAGCCUUUAGUCUCAACCCAGAGCGUAUGAACAUAGGUCUGCGGGCGUUCCUGGUGAUAGCAGAUGCUCUGCAACAGAAGGACGGAGAGCCUCCUAUGCCUAACACGGGAGCCACUUUGCCCUCUGGAAACUCUCUGAAGAAGAAGAAAACUUAUCUCAGCAAGACGCUCACUGAAGAGGAAGCCAAACUAAUAGGCAUGUCCUUGUACUACUCCCAGGUGCGAAAGUCUCUGGAUAAUAUCCUGAGACACCUGGAUAAGGAGGUGGGUCGCUGUAUGAUGCUUACCAGCGUCCAGAUGCUCAACAAAGAACCAGAGGACAUGAUCACUGGUGAAAGGAAACCUAAAAUCGACCUGUUCAGGACAUGUGUGGCUGCCAUUCCUCGUAUCCUUCCUGAUGCCAUGUCCAAACCUGAGCUCAUUGACCUGCUCUCACGACUUACAGUGCACAUGGACGAUGAGCUUCGUCUUAUUUCCCAGAACUCCUUGCAGAGCCUUUUACUCGAUUUCUCUGACUGGAGGGAAGACGUCUUGUUUGGUUACACACAUUUCCUUUUGCGUGAGGUCCAAGACACCCAUCAGGGUCUGCAAGAUGCAUCUGUGAAGCUCCUUCUCCAGCUGCUCACACAGUGGAGGUUAGCUCUGCAGCUCCAGGGGAAGACGCGAGGUGGAGUUGAGUCCAGUCCCAGACUGCCAGAGCGAAGUCCUCACUGCUCAGUGCUCCACGCGGUUGAGGGCCUGGCUCUGCUGCUCCUCUGCUCGUGUCAGAUCAGCACGAGGAAGCUGGCUGUCGGUGUGUUAAGAGAAAUACGCUGCCUCUUCACAGCUCUGGGACAUGCUGAGGAUGACGACAAACCCAUGAUAGAGGUCAUGGACCAGCUGAGCCCAGCUGUAAUGGACAGCUUUGUUCAUGUGGCUGUCUCUGACUCGUCCACUUUGCCUCUCAGCCACCACGUUGACCUCCAGUGGCUGGUGGAGUGGACAGCUCGGUUGGUGAGCAGUUCCUAUGACGUAAAGAGCCCCAGCCAUGUCUGGAUCUUUGCCCAGUGUGUUAAGGACCCGUGGGUCCUUUGCCUGCACAUCUUCCUGCGACAGGAGCACCUGCCCAAACACUGCCCCAUCGCCCUGGGAUACGCCUGGCCCUACGUUUUCACACGGCUACAGCUGCUACUGCCACUGGUUGACCCCAACAGUCCAGUGAAUGCUAAGAAGACCAGCACAGCAGGCUCCAGUGACAACUACAUCUCUCUGUGGCGUAACUACUUGAUCCUGUGUCUAGGUGUGGCUAAGCCGAGCAUCAUGUCCCCCGGUCACCUCAGAGCCUCCACCCCAGAGAUCACUGCCACCACGCCCGAUGGCAGCGUCACCUACGACAACAAGGUGAUAGGCACUCCCUCAGUAGCAUGGCUUUUAAAACAACUCGUCCCGCUGAUGAGAGCUGAGAGUUUGGAGAUCACCGAGUCUCUGGUGCUGGGGUUUGGAUGCACAAAUGCUCUAGUCUUCAGGGAGCUAGUCGAAGAACUCCAUCCGCUGAUGAAGGAAGCACUGGAACGUAGGCCUGAGAACAAGAAGCGCAGAGAAAGGAGGGAUCUCCUCAGGCUGCAGCUGCUGAGGAUCUUUGAACUGUUGGCUAAUGCAGGAGUUAUCAGUGACAGUACCAAUGGAGCGCUGGAGCGUGACUCCCUGGCACUGGGUGCCUUGUUCCUUGAAUAUGUGGAUUUAACCCGGAUGCUUCUGGAGGCUGAGAAUGAGAAGGAGCUGGAUGUGCUUAAAGACAUCAGAGCCCAUUUCAGCGGGAUGGUGGCUAAUCUCAUCCAGUGUGUUCCUGUCCACCACAGGCGCUUUCUCUUCCCUCAGCAGUCUCUGAGACACCAUCUCUUCAUCCUGUUCAGCCAAUGGGCCGGACCCUUCAGCGUCAUGUUCACUCCCCUCGAUCGUUACAGUGAUCGCAACCACCAGAUUACUCGCUACCAGUACUGUGCACUCAAGGCCAUGUCAGCAGUUCUGUGUUGCGGUCCAGUGUUCGACAAUGUGGGUCUCUCUACUGACGGCUAUCUCUACAAAUGGCUUGACAACAUCUUGGCCUGUCAUGACAUACGGGUGCACCGCCUGGGGUGUGAGGUGGUCAUCCUGCUGUUAGAACUGAACCCAGACCAAAUCAAUCUGUUCAACUGGGCCGUGGACCGCUGCUUCACUGGAACUCACCAGCUGGCAUCUGGCUGCUUCAAGGCCAUCGCCACUGUCUGCGGUAACAGGAAUUACCCAUGUGACCUUGUGACCUUGCUCAAUCUGGUGCUAUUCAAGGCCUCAGACACUAGCAGGGAAAUAUAUGAGAUCUCCAUGCAGCUGAUGCAGGUGCUGGAGUUUAAGCUGUGUGCCUACUCAAAGCGGAUGGUGGAGCAGAAGCCUGGUAAUAUUUUGUACGGAACACACGGCCCCCUGCCUCCCCUGUACAGCGUCAACCUGUCUCAACUCUCCAUCCAGCUGGCCAGCAUGUACCCGGAGCUCACUCUGCCUCUUUUCUCAGAGGUGAGCCAGCGUUUCUCAACCACCCACCCCAACGGCAGACAAAUCAUGCUAUCCUACCUGCUACCCUGGCUUAGUAACAUUGAGCUAGUGGACACAGGGCUCCUACCCCCUGCCUCAAGCCCCUGCACACCAGAGGAAGAACCUCACGGUCAGGGGCAGGGCAUGGGUCUGUCCCCCAGUCUGAGAGGUAACGGCUGGGGCUCCCUGCAGGCGACCUCGCUCGUGCUCAACAACCUCAUGUUCAUGACUGCUAAGUAUGGAGACGAGGUUCCUGGCCCAGAAAUUGAGAAUGCCUGGAAUGCUCUAGUGUCCAACGAGAGGUGGAGCAACAACUUACGGAUCACCCUGCAGUUCCUUAUAAGCCUGUGUGGAGUCAGCAGUGAUACCACACUGUUGCCUUAUAUCAAGAAGGUGGUGAUCUACCUGUGUCGCAACAACACCAUCCAGACGAUGGAGGAGCUCCUGUUUGAGCUGCAGCAGACUGACCCAGUCAACCCUGUGGUCUUGCACUGUGACAACCCUCCCUUCUAUCGUUUUGCUGCCAGCAACAAAGCCUCCACCUCACAAACAGGCACUACGUCCAGCAGUAACACUGUGGUGGCUGGUCAGGAGAACCUGCCAGAUGCAGAUGAGAACAAGCUGGUCAGGGAGAGUGAAGAGCGUAGGGCCAGGGCUCACAACAGACUGGAGUCUCGGUACAGCAACAGCUCCGGAGGCUCCUACGAGGAUGAAAAGACUGACCCACUCCCACCAUAUGCUGGUUGGCUACUGGGUGUUCUGGAGACCAACCAUCCCCAGCCAUUACCCAUGCCAGUUAAUGGAGGCUGCUGGGCUCCUCUGGUUGACUACCUUCCAGAAACCAUCACGCCUAGGGGACCACUGCAUAGGUGCAACAUUGCAGUGAUCUUCAUGACUGAAAUGGUGGUGGAUCACAGCGUGAGAGAAGACUGGGCUUUACACCUGCCCCUGCUACUACAUGCCCUCUUCUUGGGUCUGGACCACUACAGACCAGAGGUCUACGAACACAGCAAACGACUCCUUCUCCACCUCCUCAUUGCUCUCUCCUGUAACAACAACUUCCAGGUAAUAGCCUCAGUUUUGAUGCUGACGAGAGAGAUCAGCGACAACAAGACCCUCACCAUUAAGUCGAGCUACCACACAGAGUACCAGCAGUCACAUGCACCUGACUUCCUACGAGAGUGGCAGACAUCUCCAGUGGUGGACUCCGGUCUCAGCUCCACCUCCAACUCUUCUUCUGCCAGUCUGGGUGGCGGCAGCACUGCAGGCAGUGUUGGAAAUUUGCCCCUUGUAACACCUGACGACCUGGAGGACCUUGAAGAUACGCCCAACGAAACAGACGAGAAGACAAACAAACUCAUCGAGUUUCUCUCCACCAGAGCGUUUGGGCCGUUGUGGGUGCAUGAGGACAUAACACCAAAGAACCCCAACUCCAAGAGCACGGAGCAGCUCUCCAACUUCCUACGCCACGUCGUCUCUGUCUUCAAGGAGUCCAAGUCAGACUUCCACCUGGAGCACCAGCUGAGCGAUGUGGCUUUACAGACGGCUCUGUGCAGCUCCUCACGGCACUAUGCUGGACGUUCUUUCCAGAUCUUCAGAGCCCUCAAACAGCCAAUCAACAACCACGCCGUCUCCGACCUGGUCUCACGGCUCGUUGAGGUGGUGGGAGAACACGGGGACGAGGUGCAGGGCUAUGUGAUGGAGGUUCUGUUGACGCUGGAGUCAGUGGUGGUGAAUCUAGCAGAAUGUCUGAAAAACACCGACCUUAUGGCAGCUCUUACCAGGACGUCCUCACCAGACUUUGUCACUAGUGAAAAACUGAUGAACAGAAAGAGUACAGGUCAGCUGAACUUCCCUGGCCCGGGAUUUGUUGGUCUGUCGUCACAACGCCACCAGCGCUCCUACUCUGUCCCCAAGAAGUUCGGCGAGUGUAGCCACCAGUCAAGUGAUCCUCCUCGCAGUGCAACUCUGGAUCGCAUACAGGCCUGCAACAGUCAUGGCCUCGGUCGAACUGGAAGAACCCCUGGGUCCUGCACAUCAUCAACCAACCGUAUUGAUCCCAGUGUUCUAUCGGAUCCUGCCCAUGUUUCCCAUCCCUCGUCAAUACUGGCCACAGUCUUCUGGGUGGCGGUGUCACUCAUGGAGUCAGACUUUGAGUUUGAAUAUCAGAUGUCACUUCGCCUCGUUCAUAAGUUGCUGUCAAAGAAUGUGUAUACCCCCUGGGGGUCCCCGGACCCCACUUUGAGCGCCACUGACAUAGAUGAAGGUUGCUCAGUGAGGAACUGA